GCCCCGCCUCUCCCCCCGGCUACGUCGAGAGCCGGGCCCCCGCCGCGAUUCGCCGCCCUCCGCGCUGACCCCGCGCAUCCCAGCCGCGGGCAGGGGGUCACCGGGAGGCCGGGGCGCGCAGAGUCCAGCCCCGCCAGCAGCCGAGCAAGCAGCCCCCCUUAAAUAGCUCCGCACCCGCCUCCGCCAGCCGCAGAGCUCGCCGAGCGAGGAGCCGACCGGAGCCAGCCUCUCGCCAGCGCCGGGGAGCUGCGCGCCCGCGUACCGCGCCGAGGAGCACAGACAGGCCGCCCCAUGCCUGCGCACUUGCUGCAAGAGGAGGAGUUCUCCUCCACCUCCAGCACCACUGCUGGUGGCACAGUCACCUCCCGGGUGACCAGUAAUGGAAACGCCGUCACGGAGAAGGACUUACUCAACCAUGAGGACUUGGCAGCAGACCGGGGCAUGGUAGACGAUAUCUUUGAUGAGACCUACCGGGAGAAAGAGGGCCCCAAGCCCCCACUGCGAUACGUCUGGAGGAACAUCAUCCUCAUGAGCCUGCUGCACCUCGGGGCUCUGUUCUCCUUGAUGCUGAUACCCUCUGCAAAGAUCCAGACACUGGUGUGGGCUCUUCUGUGUUUCGUGGUGAGUGCUCUGGGGAUCACAGCUGGAUCUCACCGCCUCUGGAGUCAUCGCUCCUACAAAGCCACGCUGCCUCUGCGCAUCUUCCUGACUAUUGCCAACUCCAUGGCCUUCCAGAAUGACAUCUACGAGUGGGUCCGGGACCACCGCGUCCAUCACAAGUUCUCUGAAACAGACGCAGACCCACACAACGCCAUGCGCGGCUUCUUCUUCUCCCACAUUGGCUGGCUGCUUGUGCGCAAGCACCCCGAUGUCAUCGAGAAGGGACAGAAGCUGGACCUCAGUGACAUCAAGGCUGACAAAGUGGUGAUGUUCCAGCGCAGAUACUACAAGCCUUCAGUGGUGUUGCUGUGCUUCACACUGCCAUCUGUAGUGCCCUGGUACUUCUGGGAUGAGUCCAUCAUCAUCAGCUUCUUCAUUCCAGCCAUCCUGCGCUACACCGUAGGGCUCAAUUGCACUUGGCUAGUGAACAGUGCUGCUCACAUGUUUGGCAACCGGCCGUAUGACCAGAACAUCAACCCGCGGGAGAACCCCUUGGUCAGCCUGGGGGCCAUAGGAGAAGGCUUCCACAACUACCACCACACCUUCCCCUAUGACUACUCCACCAGUGAGUUUGGCUGGCGCUUCAACUUAACCACAGCCUUCAUUGACCUCAUGUGCCUCCUGGGGCUGGCCAGCGAUCGCAAGAAGGUCUCCAAGGAGGUCAUCCUGGCUCGGAAAUUGCGGACUGGAGAUGGAAGUCACAAGAGUGGCUGAGUUCCUGCUCCCUUUCACACACACAUCCACACCUCUCCUUCGUCCUUUUUUCUCCCUUCCCACCCCCUCCAAACACGCUGGACAAAAGUUUAAUGUUCUGUUAACUAACUACUGAAUAAUGCUACCAGUUUGCUUAAGAUAAUGAUAAUGAGUUUUAACACCCCCCUCCCACACUGCAUUUUGCAGGAUGUAUUUAAGACCUAGGACUCUGCCCUUAUAACACAAGGCCACCCUUUCCCUCCUCUCCUUUCCCUUUCUGUUUUCUUCUCCAGUCUCUCUAACCUGUCUCCUGCUUUACAUUUUCCCAGUCUAUACCUGGAAGAGAAGCUGGUAGGAAGUGGCCUGGGGAGGCCUAUUGCAGUCGGCUAUGUACUAUUUAGCUAAGGGAAGCCUGAACCAGCCAGAUGAAGAGUUGAGCCAAAGUCAGUGACCCUCUCCCCACUACCUUCCCCUCAAAGUUUCUGCCACUGUCCCUUCUCUUUUCUCAAGGGCUGCUGACAGACAUGACAUGGCUCAACUGCUCUUCCUGGGAAAAGCAGACCCAUCCCUUGCUCUUGUCAUCAGAAAGAAGAGUUGUUUCUUUCCAAGAUGUCUCUUGGAAAGUGUUCUCCACUGCUCCUCACCACCUAGCCACUCUGGCUGGGGAGAGAAGAGUGCCCAGACUCUUUCACAUCCCCACCACUGGCCGUGAUGCUGUAACAGCAGUUAGCACUGGAGAGGGAGUGCUGGUGGCCUUAAUUUGCAC